AUAAAAACAAGCCUUAAAACUAAUUUAUGUUAAAAUACAUUUAGCAAACAUAUAAAAGAUGGAAAAUUGCGAAGAACUGGAGAGUAGUGAGAUGCUUUUGCAAAAAUGUGGAGAAAUAUUUUACGAUACUUUGACGGCUUCGAAUGUAAAUGUCAGUUUCCAGUGCACUUUUUGUCGGAAAACUUUUACGAAACUAGAUGCGUUCCUAGAACAUUUUCAAAGCGAACAUUACAAACCAUCCAUAGCUGUAGAAAAGUUCUUUUUCGAAAGUGAUGAAGAAGAGGAACAAGUGGAAGAUUUUAUGUUCGCAACAAAACAGAAUGUCAGUCAAUAUGCAUCAGAUAAAAAUGAAGAUUCCACUUCUUCGUUGGAAUGCAUUUUGGAAAGCGCUGAAAGGGAAACGGCUAGUGAGCAUGAAUCUAAUAUACCGUUACCGGAUGAAAAAGAAGAAGCUGUUGUAAAUCCUAAACCUUACAAAUGCGAUCAAUGUUCCAUUCGCUUUGUUUCGAAAUCAAAUCUUAAUGCCCACGUGAAGCGUCAUAAAGACGAGAAACCACCCUGUAAACGUGGUCCAUACAUUUGUCCCCGUUGUGGCAAAGUUGUCAAGUCCCCUGGCCUUUUAAGCCAGCAUUUAUAUAAGCAUGACGGAGUGAAACCUUAUAAAUGCCAGCAAUGUCAAGCUACCUUUACUUGGAAAUCAAAUCUUAAAACUCAUCAAAAACGGCAUAAGACCGAAAGGCGUUACGACUGCCGUUUUUGUUCAAAAAGUUUUUAUUUUACCACCGAAAGAAGACGUCAUGAACGAAGACAUACUGGCGACCGACCUUUCGUUUGCGAAUCCUGUGGCAAAAGUUUUUCAUCAUCGUCAGGAUUACGGAGUCAUCGCAGUAGUCAGCAUUUGAAAGAACGAAAUUUUAUUUGUGACAAAUGUAAUAGAUGUUUUAAUAGGGCUAGUCAGUUGAGAUUACAUCAGAUAAAUAUACACACUGAAAAGCCGCUCGCUCACGUUUGUACCAUCUGUAAAGAGGCUUUUAAAGGGAAAAUGCUUUUAAGAAUCCAUGCUAAAAUUCAUAAAACCAUUAAGUGUCUUGAGUGUGACAAAACAUUCGCUCGGUAUUCCGGCUUAUAUGCCCAUCGAAAAAGACACGAAAAACAAAAAAACAGAUUAUUGACAAACAAAGUGAAACAAGAAGAUUUAACAGAAAAGGAUUCGAAUGAGUAACGAAACUGUCAGCAUAUUUGAUGCUUUAUCAUUGAAUUAAAUUAUUCUAAAUAAAACGUGGAUAGAGAACCGAGGACAUAUUUUGAAAUUUUGUAACGUUGCAGCUCGUUUCCACGUAUCACGUCUUGGUAGGAAAUUUCAUAGCGGAUAUAGCAGAUAUGGAAAUCGUAUUUCUUUGUUUGCUAUCAGGUAUUACAAGAAAAUACUAAUAUACGUAAUUAUAAACAAUUAUUAAUGAUACGGUUGAAGUACAAUUAAUUUUUAAUAUUUUCAUGUAAACGUGAUGUUUUCGAAAUCUUUCACUCAAAGCAAACCAUUAACAUAGCCGAGGAUUCGAUUUAAAUAGUUUGGAGAAAGCCUUAA